UCAACGGGAUCUGAGAUAUUGUGAUUGACUUAAUACCUGAUACUCAAAAAAUCACACAGCUUCCAACUAAGCUAACCAUCAGACGAGUAGUAUGGAUUGAGACCGUUCUUUACCGUUGCCUCGAUUUACACAACGAUCAAAUGAUUGUAAACUCCUUAAUAAUACAGCUUGUUCAAAUCAAAAUCUUCAUCACCUGAAGACCGGUAAAAARGUCGAAAGGUUCGAAAGGACAAGACUAUAUUUUCGCAGUAUCUAAAGCUUAGAAUUACUAAAACAUAAAGAUGAAUUCAAGAUGUUGAAGGUGUGCACAGUAGUAAUCAGCCUGAUACUGGCUGGAAUGGUAUCGAGAUGUUCCUCUUCAAGGUCAAUUCAUAGACGAUCGACGAUGAAGGUAAUUGAUGAGAAGAUGAUCAACGCUGGGAACAACAUGUCUCAGAUGAUCCAGCACAUAUUGGAGAAUUACGAUAAGAAUGUACGACCAUUCUACGAAGUUAAACCGAUCGAGGUCCAGUUUGACAUGCUUGUACUUUCUUUCGGUGAAAUCAAAGAGGCUGAUAUGCUGUUUACAGCAGACAUCUACGUUGGCCAGUUCUGGCAGGACCCUCGCUUUGCCUAUGGUAUAAAUAACAGCAUUAGUCUAGGUGGCGACUUCGUGGAYAAGUUCUGGAUUCCAGACACUUUCUUCGUCAAUUCGGUUGAUAUAGAAGUACAUAAAAUGAUGUCUCCUAACAAAAARGUCUGGAUUCAUUUAGAUAAGGGGCAUAUCAUGCUUAGCGCAAGAUUAAAAUCCAAAGCAACAUGUAAAAUGGAUCUCAGAAAGUACCCCAUGGACCAACAAACAUGCCAUUUGGCAAUCGAAAGCUUUUCCUUUGACGAAACGGACCUCAAAUACAAGUGGAAAAACCCAGUUGGCAGCGAUGUCUUUAUCUACGAUGCCGAGAUGGCUCAGUUUAAUGUGAUGAGCGUUGUAAGAAACCUCAAGCAUCCUGUAUAUCAUUCUCGUCGGUUUUCUGGUCUAACAGUAACYUUCACGUUCAAAAGACGAACCAUGUACUAUAUCUUUCAAAUGUACAUUCCUUGUAUAUGUAUUGUGGCUUUAUCGUGGGUCAGUUUCUGGGUGGAUGCGGAUGCCGUUCCAGCACGUGUAGGGCUCAGUAUUACUACAGUGUUGACAAUCUGUUACAUGUUGGGAUCCGUCAAUUCUAAUCUACCAAGAGUCUCAUAUUUAAAGGCAAUAGAUUACUUUUUAUUACUAUCUUUUGGGUUUAUAUUUCUUACUCUGGUCGAGUACGUUGUUGUUCUUAAAUAUACACGAAGGAGGAAAUACAGUGGCAGCUUCUCACCACCGAAGUGUAAAUCAGGCUUGAUUGAGGAGGAAUGGGAUGAUAAAAAAAUGAUGGAGGUCAAGAUCCAAAUUGGUAGCACAGCCUACACAUUCAAAGACUCUCUAAGUAACCUCACAUCUGCAGGGAAGGAAAACGAGAAAUCACCUAAAAACGGAGAGAUGUACAAGACGUCUCCAAGGAAACCGGUCAAGACAUGCGACCACAGCAAGCCCAUUCUUCCCCGUUGUGUCGAACCAGACAAUACACAUCCMAUAAUAAGGUUCCUGAAAAAACCCUUUACUACAGAAGAAGGAGAAAAUAAAAUCGACAAUUUCGCUCGAUUUUUCUUUCCAUUUAGCUAUGGCAUGUUUCUUCUGGUAUAUUUUAGCUACUUCUUUUCCUAAAGAGAAACUCGUGUAUAAUUCACUUGGUUGCGAGUUUAUAUGCAAUUAAUAAGAAUCUAUGGUUCUGGUUCUUAUAGAAAUGCAGAUCUUUGUGGCAUCUUCYCAUACAAAUGAACUUAAAGUACUUUAUCUUGAUGUCAUACGACUUGAUAAGCGGUGCAAUUACAAUAAGCGUCAGUUCACUUGCUAAUUAUUCUACUCAGCUAGCAGUAUAUGGAAAGUCAAACUGGAUGUAAUUUAAAUGAGACUGCCAUCUGUGUCUUGCUAUURCGAUACAAGAAUGAAAAACACUAAUUCCUUAGAACCUAAACGGUAUAAGGCAACUACAGCUACUGUAGGAGUUUUGAGGCAUACACUCGUUAUGCACAGAGCUAUUUAAUUAUACUCAUGAGCAAUGGUGCUUUGUGAAUUGACUAAAGAAACGGACCUCACCACGCCCUACCGUAGCCCUUAAUUCAGUGGUAUAUUGGUGCCACCGUCAGCUUUCAUUUACAAUAAAAAUCGGAUUUUCUGGUGCUCCGCCAGCCAAUUUUGACAAAACAAAUGAAUGACAGAGGAUUAUAUUACAUAMCAAGUUUCUUUGGUAAAUCAGUAUUACAUUAAUACUACAAGACUAAACUAUCGAUUGUUUAUAGUAAAAGAUGCUGCCAAAUAUCAACAACUUUACAUAAACGACACGCCCAGAAGCAAGAAAAAAAAGAUGUUUUGAAGUAUGUACAGAAUCGUAAAAGCUCGAUAUGAUUUGCAUUAUGAAUUAUUCUUAAUGAAAGACAAUCUUCAUCGUUUAAAUUUACUUUAUUACACCUCUUGAAUUAUUUACUUUUGUAUUUUUAUUUGAAUUUUGUUGUAGUUUUAAAGUUAUUAUUUUUAGAGAAAAACUUGAGGGUCAAGAAAUCUAAACGAAUGAAACCGGUGAGCAUUUAAUUUGAUUGAAUAUAACUUUAUUAAAAGCUAAAGCAAUG